GUCUGCGCCAGGUGGCCCCGAGCACAUUCCUCCCCAGGGCAGUCGCUGACUCUUAGAAACUAAAACACAGAUGAUCUUUAAACAACUGCGAAAGGUCCAGUGAACCGACUCGUUGCGGAAUCUGCCGUCGCACGUGACCGCUGGGCGUCUACACCCGAAGAGGUCUUCCACCUCCUCCCCAGCCCCGGACCCGACGUCCGUGUGGAGCCGCGGGACGAGCAGGGCCCGCGAUGGCGCUGCUGGGCACGCUCCUCUGCUGCCUGCUGGCCGCCUGGCACGGCCGGCCCAGCCUCGGGCUGCCCCUGGCUCCCGCCGGCCGCUGGAGUCCCCCUGCGGCGGCGGGACAGUUUUGGCACGUGACUGACUUACACCUAGACCCUACUUACCACAUCACAGAGGACCACACAAAAGUGUGCGCUUCAUCCAAAGGUGCAAACGCCUCCAAUCCGGGCCCUUUUGGAGAUGUUCUGUGUGAUUCUCCUUAUCACCUUAUUUUGUCAGCACUUGAUUUUAUUAAAAAUUCAGGACUAGAAGCAUCUUUCAUGAUCUGGACAGGGGAUAGCCCACCUCAUGUUUCAGUGAGUGAACUCUCGACAGACACAGUCAUAAAUGUGAUUGCUAAUAUGACAGCCACUAUCCAGAGUCUCUUUCCAAACCUCCAGGUUUUCCCCGCCUUGGGUAAUCAUGAUUAUUGGCCACAGGAUCAACUACCUGUAGUCACCAGCAAGGUGUACAAUGCGGUAGCAAACCUCUGGAAGCCAUGGCUAGAUGAAGAAGCUAUUCGUACCCUAAGGGAAGGUGGCUUUUAUUCACAGAAAGUUUCAACUAAUCUGAACCUUAGGAUCAUCAGUCUCAACACAAACUUAUACUAUGGCCCAGAUCUUGUGACCCUCAAUAUGACUGACCCAGCAAAUCAGCUCAAAUGGCUAGAAAAUACGCUGAACGUCUCUCAGCAAAAUAAGGAGAAGGUGUACAUCAUAGCUCAUGUUCCAGUGGGGUACCUGCCUUUUUCAAGGAGCAUCACGGCAAUGAGAGAAUACUAUAAUGAGAAAUUGAUAGAGAUUUUUAGGAAAUACAGCAACAUCAUUGCAGGGCAAUUCUACGGACACAUUCACAGAGAUAGCAUUAUGGUUCUUUUGGAUAAGAAAGGAAGUCCAGUAAGUUCCUUGUUUGUGGCUCCUGCUGUUACCCCAGGGAGGAAUGUUUUAGAAAAGCUGACCAACAAUCCUGGUGUCAGACUAUUUCAGUAUGAGCCUCGUGACUAUAAAUUAUUGGACAUGCUGCAGUACUUCUUGAACCUGACAGAUGCUAAUCGAAGGGGAGAAUCCAACUGGAAGCUGGAGUAUAAGCUGACCCAGACCUACAACAUUGAAGAUUUGCAGCCAAAAAGUUUGUAUGGAUUAGCUAAACAAUUUGCAGUCGUAGACAGUAAGCAGUUUAUGAAAUACUACAACUACUUCUUUGUGAGUUAUGACAGCAGUGUGCUUUGUGUUGGGAGAUGUAAGGCCCUUCAGAUUUGUGCAAUUAUGAAUCUUGAUUAUAUUUCCUACACAGAUUGCCUCAAACAGUACUAUAGAAAGCACAGUCUGUAGUAUUUCAUAGUCUGUACUCAUCAAAAUGAUAAUAUUGCUCUGUUUCUGAGAUCAGUUGGUGGAAAUUGUUAUGCAAAUCUUUGUGAGUUACUGAGUAGGCAGGCAGAAUUCCUGUCUUUGCCUUUUUACGAUGUCCAAAUGUAGAUAUUUUUAACAUUCUACUUUUCUAUCAUAUCAAAUAUAUUUAAACUGCCCCUUACUAGAAUGAUGUUUGGAUGUAAAUAUCUUAUCUUCCAGUUUAUAUAAUUAUAUCUAAUUUAUACCCUUGUUGCAAUUGUCAUUUAUGCAAUAAAGCAAAUUACUUUUCUGUAAGUAUAAUGAAUUAUUUUUGAUAUGUUAAUUUUCAGCCUUUUAAUUUGCUCUUGUGGAAACUUUGUGUAUAAACUGAGGUUCAAACAAUUUAAGUACUAUGAAGUUGACGCUGUCUAUGCACUAUCUGUACUCUUGGGAAAACACCAAGGUCACAUGAGGGCCGUCUCUGAGACUACGAGACAUCACGGGCCAUAUACUCACUGUGAGUGAAGGGAAGUGCUCUUCUGUGUUGCUGAGUUUUAAGGAAGAGAAUGUCACGAGUUGUACUUAUUGUAAGGAAAACAAGCAUUCCUUUCAUGGAUUUCUUCUCAGGGUUCUCCCAUGGCUGCUUACUUCUCAACAGCUUCUCUCAAGCUGUUGUUUGCUUCCAGCCUAAGUGGCAGAAUUAAAGGAAGAAAGGGAAGAGGAGGUUGAGAGAUCUCAAGGGCAGAGAAGAUUGUUCACCCCAAUACUUGGGCUUGCUAGGGAAGACAGACAAUCAGCGGCUUGACUGAGGUCAGUC